UCAGCACCUUAGCCAAGCAGUGCAACCUGCAACCAAGACAGGUAGAGAGGUGGUUCCGAUACAGGCUGAAUCAGGACCGGCCCAGCUUGACCAAGAAGUUCUGUGAAACCAGCUGGAGGGCCACCUACUAUGCCACUUCCUUCUGCAUGGCGCUGGCCAUCCUUUACAACAAGCCCUGGUUGUGGGAUCUCCGUGAAUGUUGGGUUGGGUACCCCCAGCAGCCUCUCCAGACGAGCAUUUUUGGCUACUACCUUGUGCAGAUCUCCUUCUACUGCUCCUUGCUCAUCUCGCUGCCUUUUGAUGUCAAACGGAAGGACCUUCAUGAGCAGAUCGUCCACCACCUGGUCACUGUCUUCCUCAUCGGCUUCUCUUUCUGCUUAAAUUUCAUCCGUAUCGGUUCACUCGUCAUGUUCCUGCACGACAUUUCCGAUUGUCUCUUGGAGGUCGCCAAGAUGUUUACUUACCUGAAGUGGCAGAAAACGUGCGAUGCCCUUUUUGUCACUUUUUCCGUGGCAUUUCUGGUCACUCGCCUGGGGAUUUUUCCUUGCAAAAUUCUCCACAACACAUAUUAUUAUUCCAUGGAAAUCUACCAGCCUUUUUUCGGCUACUACUUCUUCAACGCCCUCUUGAUGGUUCUUCAGCUCCUCCACAUCUUCUGGUCCUAUCUGAUCAUUCGCAUGGUUUAUCGAUUCCUGAUCUGUGGCAUGAUGGAAAAGGACCUGCGGAGCCAAUCAGAGGGUAGCGAGGAUGAGGUGGGCCACCGCGAGAUGGAGCAGAAAAACGGCACCAAGGGUCCCCAGCCCGACCGCCAAUCACCUGGAGUCACCCAGAGAGCGUUCGUGCACACAAACGGGAAUUCCUUCUCUGGCAUUCCCACCCAAGCCAAAUAGCCCCAGCCUGCUCCUCGUUGCUGCUCUGCCCCUCCCCAGCCCUCCCCUCUGACCUCCUAGACUUG